CGGACACGAGGCUGAGCGCAAUCCUUCGCACGCGGAGUAAAGAGCCAUUGCGGUAUCGUCUGGCUAGGACAUCAUAGCAUUUGAACAGGUGUAACAAUGUCAGCUAGACCCUGGCAGGAUGUUGUCCGAGAAAAGUGCGACAUCCGACAAAAGCUGGUUGAACCCUACUUGACCAACGUCAACGGUGAGCGAGCGGUCGCCGACACUGUCCUGAGUAUCAAUAAUGUAGACGACCUGGCCAGACUUCUGGCAAGUGGAAAGGUCACAGUGCACGAUGUUACCGCCAGUUACAUCAGAAGGGCCGCAGAAGCGCAUCAGCAGACAAACUGUCUGACAGAGGUCUUCUUCGACGAUGCCAUGAAAGAAGCCGAUAGACUCGAUCAGUAUUAUCAACAGCAGGGAAAAUUGAUCGGACCUCUUCAUGGAGUGCCCAUCACGCUCAAGGACCAAUUCGAUGUCGAAGGUGUCGAUUCGACGAUAGGAUACGUCGCGAGAGCUUUCAAGCCCGCUGCUAGGGAUGCUGCCAUUGUUCAAAUCCUGAAAUCUCUCGGGGCAAUCAUCAUAGCAAAGACGAACCUUCCUCAGAGUAUCAUGUGGUGUGAAACCGAAAAUCCUCUAUGGGGUCUGACAACGAACCCUCGAAAUCCAGCAUUCACCCCUGGAGGCUCGACAGGAGGCGAAGGUGUCCUGCUCGCUCUGAAAGCAUCCAUGAUAGGCUGGGGCACGGAUAUAGGAGGUUCGAUACGAAUCCCAUCUCACAUGAACGGGCUCUGGGGAUUAAAGCCAACCAGCUCUAGACUGCCAUACAUGGGCGUCACGGUAUCGACAGAAGGACAAGAACAUGUACCUUCGUCUGUUGGGCCGAUGACGAGAAGUCUCUCUUCUCUAGUCACCGUCAUGCAGAACGUCAUUGAUGCCCAGCCCUGGGUGUUAGAUCCCAAAGUCACGCCUAUCCCGUGGCGACAAGACAUGUACGAACAAGUCCAGACAAGGCCGUUAACUAUAGGCGUGCUCGUAGACGAUGGUGUUGUAAAAGUGCACCCGCCGAUUGAAAGAGCGCUGAAAGAGCUGCAGGCGAAACUCAAGGCUGCAGGACACGAGAUUGUCCAAUGGAAUUGUACCGGACAUAAAGAGUGCAUUGAAAUAAUGGACCUCUUCUACACAGCCGAUGGAGGUGAGGACAUCCGUAGAGAAGUCCAAGCUGGAGGCGAACCCUUCAUACCACACGUCGAAGCGCUCAUCAACCGGGGGAAAGCAAUCUCAGUCUACGAAUACUGGCAAUUGAACAAAAGGAAGAUUGCUGCCCAACAAGCAUACAACGACAAAUGGAACCUUGCGGUAGCUCCCGACUCUGGGCGGACGGUCGACGUUAUCUUGAUGCCUACGAUGCCUCAUCCAGCAGUGCCACACAAGACGUGCAAGUGGGUAGGCUAUACCAAAGUAUGGAAUUUUCUGGACUACCCGGCACUUUCUUUUCCAGCUGGACAAGUCGAAGCAUCCAAGGAUCUGGCCGGGCCGCCAGAGUACGAGCCUCGAAAUGAUUACGAUGCCUGGAAUUGGAAGCUCUACGACCCAGAAACAAUGGACGGGCAUCCGGUCGGUCUACAGAUUGUAGGUCGUCGGUUCGAAGAAGAAAAGGUCUUGGGAGUCGCUGCUGUGAUAGAGAAGCUUAUGAAAGCAUAGAAAUGUCGUCUCAUCUGGAGGUCUACUCAAACACAUUCCAUAGACAUGGGCUUUAGAUCUAAACCGACCACUAUGCC